UCUUUCUUUCGACUUUUCUUUUCCUUCUCUGUUCUUUCUUCAAUCUCUGCAAUUUCUUCCAUAUCCGGUUAACAGGUUAGGAGGUAUCACAUAUAAAUAUUAUAAUAAUGAAAUAAGCAUUAGAACCACUUAACACCUAUCAUCCUGCUGGGCAAAAGGGAUUGGUACGAUACUGAAUAUGAAAACUGAACAUCAUCUCUUCUUCUUUCUCAUACCAAUCAUACAUUUGUGGGUUCUGACUGAGGGAUUGGAAGCUUAUAAUCUCCAUAACUCUGUUGCUCCAAUCAGUAGGAAUAGUUUUCCUAAAGAUUUUACAUUCGGAGUAGCUUCAAGUGCUUACCAGAGUGAAGGAGCAGCAGAUACUGAUGGCAAGAAACCAAGCAUUUGGGAUACCUUUACCAAGAACUACCCACAAAAAAUAUUCGAUCAUAGCUCCGGUGAGGUUGCUGAGGAUUUUUAUCAUCGUUACGUGGGGGACGUUGCUUUGAUAAAAGAAAUUGGUUUUAACUCCUUCAGAUUCUCAAUCUCAUGGUCAAGAAUAUUACCAUAUGGAAGAGUUAGUGCAGGAGUGAACCAAGAAGGCAUCAAUUUCUACAAUUCUUUGAUUGAUGAGUUACUAUCAAAUGGUAUAGAGCCUUUGGUAACUCUAUUCCAUUGGGAUCUUCCACAAGCCCUUGAAGAUGAUUAUGGUGGAUUUUUAAGCCCCAAGAUUGUGAAUGAUUAUCGUGAUUAUGUGGAAUUUUGCUUUAAAGAAUUUGGAGAUAGAGUUAAAUAUUGGAUUAGCGUUAAUGAGCCAAAUUAUUUUAGUUGCUUUGGAUAUGCAACUGGAGGAACUGCACCUGGUCGUUGCUCUAACUAUAUAGGAAACUGCACAGCAGGAAAUUCUGCCACUGAACCCUACAUUGUGGUUCACCAUUUGAUUCUUUGCCAUGCAACUGCUAUAAAUUUAUAUAAUCAAAAAUACAAGGCUUCUCAGAAGGGAGCAAUUGGGAUUACUGUAACAGCAUUUUGGAAGGUGCCCAAAUUUCAAACAGUUGCUAGCAGAAAGGCUGCAUCUAGAGCCCUUGAUUUUACCAUUGGAUGGCUUCUUCAUCCUCUAACAUAUGGUGAUUACCCAGAAACAAUGCGAUCUCUGGUCGGAGAUCGAUUGCCUAAAUUUACAGAAGAAGAAUCAAAGAUGAUAAAAGGAGCCAUUGAUUUUGUUGGACUUAAUUACUAUACUGCAAGAUACGUUGAUGAUGCUACAUCUACCAAUUUAAGUUACACAUCAGAUGGCCAUUUCAUUGAAACCACUAACAAAAAUGGAAUUCCUAUCGGCCAACAGACCGGUUCGAGUUGGCUAUACAUUUAUCCAGAGGGAAUUCGAAAAUUAUUGCUGCAUAUAAAAAGAAAUUACAACAACCCUCCAAUUUAUAUCACUGAAAAUGGAAACUAUUAUUUUUUUUCCUUGGCAGGAUUGGAAGAUAAUAGCUCUAUUUCAAUGAAGGAUGCACUUAAUGAUAGCCUGAGGAUAAAAUACCAUAAACUUCAUCUAUCAUACCUCCUAGAAGCCAUCAAGGAAGGAGUUGAUGUGCGAGGAUAUUACAUAUGGUCAUUUCUGGAUGAUUUUGAGUGGAUGUUUGGUUACACCGUUCGAUUUGGCAUCACAUAUAUCGAUUACGACAAUGGGUUAAAAAGAAUUCUAAAAUCCUCUGCUUUGUGGUUCAAGAAUUUUCUCCAACAAGAAAAUGAAACCUCUGCAAAUUCUUUGUUUUCCUCACAAUGACUUCAAAUUAGAGAAGACGAAAAUGGCAGAUUCAGUCUUCUCAAAACCAAAAAAAGGGCUUCUUUAUCUUGUGGUUGGAACUUGGAAGUUGCUUCUUGUUCCAAGGAAUCUUUUUUAGGUAUUAGAUUCCUUUAUAUUCAUGGAUAAUAUAUUGUAAUUGCACAUUAUAUUAAUAUAAUAUAAUAAUUAAAAAUCUUUUUCUUUUUCU